UUAAUUUAUUCAAUUAAAUUGCAGGUUUACUUUGGAUUUUACAUUAAAUGGUUUGCUUUUUUUCAGAUGUUAUUGGGUUGUUGUCAGUGGUAAUUAAGCGAAAGGAAGUGACAAAAAAUGGUUCUCCAUUGAAUAUGAUUUCAUUUGAACUUGAUGAUUUAAGUGGUAAUAAGUUUCGUUGCACUCUUUGGGAAAAUUUUGCUGUUGAGAUGUGUUCAGUUAUUGAUAAAAGCUGCAAUGAAUUUGUUAUUUUCGUCAUUCAAUUUGCAAAGAUGAAAUCAUGGAGAGCAUUUUUUGGAUCAAAGGGACAGAUUGUUCUUAAUGUUGCUUCAAGUGGUAUUGCUGCAGAAUUACUCCCUGGAGGAAGAACAGCACAUUCUAGAUUUGCCAUACCGAUAGACAUAAAUGAGGAUUCCACUUACAACAUUAAAAAAGGGACUCCUUUGGUUGAGUUGCUGUCCAAGACCAAAUUAAUUAUAUGGGGUGAGGCUCCAAUGUCACAUAAGUUCUGUUUUGAAUCAUUAGACAAAUCCUUGAGAGAUGUCCUCAAAGAUGACAAUAAUGACGUUUCAAAAAAUCCUUUUGGAGGGAUAAUUAUUGUUCUUGGAGGUGACUUCAGACAGAUUUUACCAGUAGUUCCUUAUGGCGGUAGACAAGAAAUUGUUCAUGCAACAAUCAACUCUUCCUAUCUGGAUUUCUCUGAUUGGUUAUUGAAAGUUGGAGAUGGAGAGAUUGGAGAUGAUGUUGAUGGUGAGUCAAUUAUUGAGAUUCCAGAAGAAAUGUUGAUCGAGGAUGAUGUUAAUGGACUUGCUCAACUUGUGGAUUUUCUAACAAAUUUAUGGGACGAUGAGUUUCACAAUGUUGUCCAGAUGAAUUAUGCAACCAGCGCUCCUCCUGAUAGCCAUGAGGAUGCAAAUGCGUCUCUGCCAGGUCAUAUGAAAGUAGAACUUUGAUCCCUUAAUGAAGCAGCUUAUAAUUGAUGGCCGUAUAGCAUUACUAUAGUAAACAUGUAGCUGGGGUCACAGUAGUUCCACUUCUAAAUAUCAAUGGUUUAUUGAAAGUGUCAUUGGCUUAGAUUUUAUAGCGAGGAGCAGAUACUCACUUGGAAGCUUGACGUUCCUUGGGCGUAUGGUAGGGCAGCAAACUUUGUUUUCUUUUGUUAUGGCGUUGAAUAUAUACACAGAAAUGGAACUCUUUGAUCAUGGGAAUUUAGUUACCCUCCUAGCAUAAAAGAUGGGAGAUACUAUGGUGUAAGAUCAUCGCAUACAGGUUGCAAAUGGAAUUAUUGAUUUUUUGUUUGCAAAAGGCUUUAUAGAUACUAAAUCUUUAAUUUUGACUUUGCCCCUUAUUAGUUUUUAUUUCAAACUUUUUUUCCUAUGACGUUUCAUGCUUUAGUUUGGCAUAGCAAGUGCAGUAGAGAUUGUAAUUUUUCUUAUCAUUCAGUUUCCAUUGGCAUUAUCUCCCCUGGUGCCUGAAAAUGUGAACUUUUCAGAAACCUAAUAAGUUUUCCAGCAUGCAUGAUGGGUUUAAAUAUUUCAUUUAAAAGGAAUUUUUGAAGUAGAUUAUUUGGAGAUUGGCUUGGAUAUCACACAUUACUAGACUAUAAUUGUGUUACCCUGUUGUUAGCCUGCUCAUGCAUUUGUAGCUAUGUUACAUAAACUCUGGAAUUAGGA